AUGCCGAGAUUUUCUAAAAGUCUAUCAACCAAGAAUGUUCAAAUGCAAAUUAUUUAUAAUAAUCAAAAUAAAAAAAUAUCCAAAGACUCAUACAUUUUAAUAGCAAUAGAAAAUCGUCUGCUACGUUUACCUAUUGCAAGAUGCAAACGAUUUGGUGAUGAAAGAAUAGGAUGUAAACUUUUACGAGAUCCUUAUUGUGGAUGGAGUGAAGCAAAACAAAAAUGUAUUGACUUAAGUACUGAAGAAGGAAUACUUAAUAAUAUUGUAACAUAUCAUUCAGAUACCUGUUUUCAAAGUGAAUUAAUCCCAAAUAUGAAGAUUAAGAGUGAAUGGGGUAGCUGGAGUGAAUGGAACAGUUGUGAACAGUCAUCAGGGACACAUAAAAAUAACAUAUUACUGACACAAUAUUCGAGUGAACAAUUUAAAUUGAUUGGAUGUAAUUGUCGUUUUCGAUCUUGUUACUCACCUAUUUCAUCUGAACCCAAUGAAAAUGAAUGUUCAAAUGGAUCUUCAGUUGAAAUCAGCAGUUGUUCUUAUAGUGGUGGUUGGACUGGGUGGUCUGCAUGGUCUGGAUGUGAACCAGUUUGUUACUCUGUACAUCAUAAAUUCAACGUAACACCAAUACGUACAAGAUACCGUUGGUGUUCUAAUCCUAGUCCAGUUGGAAAUACAUAUAAAUGUCAUGGACCUGAUAAACAUACUGAAAUUUGUACUAAAGAAAUUAACAGGUGUUCCAGUGAAACAACAACGAUAUUCGAAUGGACAUCUUGGUCGCAAUGGACUUCAUGCACAUCAUCGUGUAAUGGUGGUAAACAAUUUCGUAGACGUAUUUGUAAAGAUAAAAAUGGUUUAAGGACUGAUUAUGCAGAAAAAUUCACUUUGGAUGAAGUGAAAACAUUACUUAAAGAUCAGUCAGAGAAUAAAAAUCAAUUAAUGUGCAUUGGUAGAGCUUUUGAAGACAGAAAAUGUAAUACUCAUCCAUGUUCAACGAUAAAAAUAGUGUCUACUUGGAGUGAGUGGUACAUAACAGAUGAGAGUAAUGGGAAAGAAAACGUGCAAAGGAGAUAUCGUGUAGAAUGUUCGGCUAAAUUACCAGAAUCCGGUAGUUUUCAAGCUCAAAUCGAUACUCAGACUCGAAUCUGUAAGAUCGACAAAGAUAGUCAUGAAAUUAAUUGUGAAGAUCUUGAUAAAUCAUUUGAAAAUUUUGAAAAAUUCCUACCAGUUUUGUCAGAAAGUAUAAGCAAUGAUUGGUCAUCAUGGACUGAAUGUUCACAACCAUGUGGCGGUGGUAGCAGAUAUCGUAAAAGAAUUAAACCAUUUUUAUUACGUAACACAAUGGAUAAACUUACUAAAAAUGAUUACGAGAUAGAACAUGAACUAUGUAACUUGCAAUCAUGCACAGGUUAUUGGAGUUGCUGGUCAGAAUGGAGUAAAUGUUCAAAAACUGAACCUUGUGCUCGACCAAGAGGAGUACAACGUCGAUUUAGAACAUGUAUUAAUGAAUUUAAUUCACCUGUCAGCGAAAUGACACAGAUACAUAAUACAAGCUUAUGUUAUGGUGGGUUUGAGCACAGUGUACAAACAGUCCCAUGUGAACUGGAAAUUAGUGAAACGAAUUGCUUACAACAACGGCUAAAUCAAGUUAGAUAUCGGAAGCGAUCAGUCGAAGUUGAACAACUUGACAUAGAAAAACCUUUGGAUUCGCCCGAAUGGGCUAUUUGGUCAGAAUGUAUAACUGUAGAGCAUGUGUCGUAUCCUAUACGAAUGAGAACAAGAAAAAGCUGUGAAAACUGUGAGUGGAUUCAAUUUGAACGCUGUGAUACUAAGAAGCCUGUUGCACCUCAAGAAGUAUUAGGAGAUAAAUAUCAGUCUUAUAAGGAAACAGUUUUGAAUGAAGAUUCAGCUGAACAAUACGAUAUGUUACAUGCAAUAAUUGUUACACUGGUAGCAUUUACAACUGGCUUCGCUAUUGUUAUAAUUCCAUUUAUAACAUGUACAAUGAGAGAUCGUAAAAAUGCUCAAGGUAAACAUAAAUAUCAACAGCCUACAUCAUUAUCAGCAUCCAUAUGGCGUAAAAUAACCAAUGAACGUUUAUCAAAUAAAACACAAUCAAAUUUAUUACCAUAUGAAUGGUUUUUAGAUAAUGAUGAUAAAAAUCAUAAUCAAUUAACUUUUAAGAGUAACAGUGAUAGUAAAUUAGUAAAGAGAAUUCUUGACGAUAAAAAUAAUGGAAGGAAAAAGAAAAAGUUGAACCUUCACGAGAAGAAUGUUGACAGUUUAUCCAAUUCCUUAUUGUUAAUAAACUCUGAUAAAAAACAUAACAGAAAUCAUGAUUUCAAUGACCUAACUAAUCAAAUUCACAAGGAAUAUCAUUCAAAAGAUUCGCGUAAAGCAGCACAUAAUACUACAUCACCAGUACAACGUCCAGAAGUAGCUGGGUACAAUCUUGAUACAAGUAAAAGUAGAACAGCUGUUGAAUUGAAACUAUGUAAUGAUCAGAAUACAACUCCAGAUUACGAUGAUGUCAGUAAUAAUAAUGAUGUAUUAUUACAAAGUGUACAAUCAACAGCAAACAAGAUUACAAAUACGACAACAAUAAAACAAAGACCUAUAUCGGAUGUCCGAUAUGUAGACCCAAAAUCAGAAACUAGAUUAUCACAAGUAAAAAUUGUCAGUGUUUUGAUAUCUUCUUCACCACCAUCAGAACAAGUAUGGUCAGACAUGUCGGUGAAUAAUCCAAUGAUUCAUAAUGUUACAAUUAAUGACAGAUCGAAAAAUAGUAUUCAAGAAGAUACAAGUUGUUUUAAUGAAGUAUAUAUAACACCCGCUGAGAAUUGUAGAUAUGAUAAUGAGAUAAGCUUGAUGGAAAUAGAUGAGACAACACAUACUAAAAGUACCAUUCCAGACAAUUAGCUAAUAAAUUUUACAACUGCUUUAUGAUAAGAAUUAUGAACAAAUUAAUUCCUUUAUAAGUAUCUAAUAAUAAAUAAUCAUAUUAAAUACAAAAAUUCAAAUGUUA